GCAGGAGUUGCCGUUUCAGGGUUACACGAGAAGCAGUUUAUUUUUCGACUUCACACUUGAGUUCAGUGCAGCACUUAGAUUGCGCCUGUACUGGAUGAAUCAGAUGGUUCGCAUGUUGGAAGCGGAAAACACAGAAGACUUCUCAAGUGGCUCAGAGAUGGGUGCGGAUAAACGGGUUAGCCGCACAGAGCGAAGUGGAAGGUAUGGGUCAGAGCAAUCUCGUGAUGACGAUCGCCGAGACAGAAGAGAUCGCGAUGACCGUGGAUAUGACUCUCACCCUCGCCGCGGCGAUGAGCGGCGUGUUAAUGACCGCCACGGCGAAGAUCAUCGUAGUAGUGAUCGUCGGAGUGAUCGCUAUGAUGGGGACAGAGGGGAGCGCUACUGGAGCAGAGACAGUCCUGAGCGAGGAGGAAAGCGGCGUAGCAGUGACGGGUCUGAUGAUGGUCACCACUCUGACGGUGAUUACUCAGAACAUGACUACAGGGGUGACCCAGCUGACGAAAAUGAUAGCAAGACCAUCAUGCUCCGUGGGUUGCCUGGCAACACCACAGAGGCAGAUAUCCAGGCAGCCAUAGAGAAGCUGGAGGGGCCACAGCCAAUGGAUGUGCGAUUGAUGAAAAAGAGAGCAGGUAUAAGCCGAGGUUUCGCCUUCGUGGAGUUUUAUCACUUGCAAGAUGCUACCCGAUGGAUGGAGACCAAUCAGAAGCUGCUGACCAUUCAGGGCAGGAGUAUUACAAUGCACUACAGCAACACCUGGCACAAGCUUGAAGACUGGCUUUGCAAUUCAUGCGGCCUGUAUAAUUUCCGGAGACGGCUGAAGUGCUUCAGAUGUGGUGCUGCCAAAGCAGAAAUGGAAACAGCUGUGGGCAGUGGAGCAACAGAAACCCAGCCCAGUGGCGACUACAUUGGAGACACUAUAAUUCUACGAAACAUCGCUCCACACUCUACUGUGGAGGGCAUCAUGACUGUCUUAGCACCAUACGCCAACUUGUCUCCCGCCAACAUCCGUCUUAUUAAAGAAAAGCAGACUGGCCAGAAUAGAGGCUUUGCUUUUGUCCAGCUUUCAUCACCUCUGGAGGCAUCUCAGCUCCUGACCAUUCUUCAAGGCCUGCAGCCUCGACUUAAACUGGAUGGAAAGACCAUUGGGGUCGACUAUGCCAAGAGUGCUCGGAAGGACCUGCUGCUUCCAGAUGGAAGCCGCAUCAGUGCUUUUUCAGUCGCCAGCGCUGCCAUCGCUGCUGCCCAGUGGUCCUCUAAUCAGCCACAGCAAAGUGCAGAACCAGCCUCAGAGUACAGCUACCUGCAGGAGGGAUAUGUGCCUUAUGCGCAGGCCCAGUACCAGCAGGCUGUAGUAAAUGAUCCCUCUCAGGCUAAUGGCAUCCUAGGAGCUGCCCCGGGAAUGAAGGUAGUCCCAGCUGCCGGGCCAAUGGUUAUCUCUCAAGCUGCUCAGGUUUACCAGCCUCAUAUCAUCAGCCAGCCAGCUACACAGACUUUGCAGGCAGUGAACCCAGCAACUAUCACGUCAGAUGCCACCAUUGCUGCACCAGCAUCCUCUGCAGUCACCACAGCAUCCACCACUUCAGAAACUACUGCAGCCACCUCUACGUCAUCUACUGAGGCUACUGAACUGCCUGCCCCUGAUCCUUCUACCUACCAGUUUGAUGAGUCAUCUGGCUAUUACUAUGACCCUAAAUCUGGUCUUUAUUACGACCCGAACACACAUUAUUAUUAUAACUCCUUCACGCAGCAGUAUCUGUACUGGGACAGUAAAAAGCACGCUUAUGUGCCUGCAGAUAGCACGGCACAGACCGCCAUUGCUUCUACCUCAGCCUCUGGUAAAGAAAGCAAGGAAAAGAAGGAAAAGCCCAAGUCCAAAACCGCACAACAGAUCGCAAAGGAUAUGGAGCGCUGGGCAAAGAGUUUAAAUAAGCAGAAGGAUUUUAAGAGCAGCUUCCAGUCCAUCAGCCAGGAGGAGAGGAAAGAGGCAGCAGCUGCAGAUGCUGGAUUCUUAUUGUUUGAGAAGAAGCAGGUAAGCGGUUUGGAGAGGCUUGUUUUUGAAGCAGCAAAGACUGCAGAAGAGGAAUUGUCAUCCCCUAAGGUUGGACUUGUGGAAGCCUACACUGGUGACAGUGAGCCUGAGGAAGCUCUGGAAGGCGAGGACAAAGAUGACAAACUGACAGACUGGAAGAAAAUGGCAUGCCUGCUAUGCAGGAGACAGUUCCCCAAUAAAGAAGGCCUGAUUCGACAUCAGCAGCUCUCAGACCUGCACAAACAAAAUGUUGAGAUUCACAGAAGAUCCAGGUUGAGUGAGGCAGAGCUGGAGGAACUGGAGAUGAAAGAAACUGAGAUGAAGUACAGGGACAGGGCAGCUGAGAGAAGGGAAAAGUAUGGCAUCCCUGAGCCCCCUGCACCUAAGAAGAGGAAAUACAUUGCACCUGCACCAGUAGUAAAUUAUGAACAGCCCACCAAGGAUGGAUUGACAAGUGACAACAUUGGAAAUAAGAUGCUGCAGGCUAUGGGCUGGAAGGAGGGCAAAGGCCUUGGCAGAAAUCAGCAAGGCAUUACUUCACCUAUUGAAGCCCAGAUGAGAGCAAAAGGGGCAGGUCUGGGUACCAAAGGCAGUAAUUACACACUCUCAUCUUCAGACACCUACAAGGACGCAGUGCGCAAGGCCAUGUUUGCACGAUUUACUGAAAUUGAAUGAGCUGCUGGGUUGUUUUGUUGUAGCAAUGAAGUAAAACUGUUUAUUCGGUUAUCUCCAUCUCUAAAGAAUGGUCUUUGUAUCAAAAGCUGUUUAGAUGGAGGUUUGGUUGUCUUGCCAGCCAUGAUUGUGUAAAUAUGUACAGUGUUCUUUAGGAGCUGAUUUUGUUUCUUAUCGAGUGAUUUCUUUGUCCUUAAACAUGGUUAAAAUAUUGUAAAGUUUUGUACAGUAUGUUCUUGGAUCUGUACAUAAGAGAAUAAAUGAGAUAUUGGUCAA